AUGGGCAAGAAAAAUAAUAAGCGAAAGCUAAAAGGUACUUCAACAGUAUCAAAAGUUUCACAGACACUUGAAGACGGAUCACCAAAUUCAGACUCCCCCAAAGAUUUUUCAGUACUCAGAGUCUCAGAAAACCCCCCAGAAAGCUCUACAGAUAUGAUUCCAGAGAAUGCUGAUGACUUGAGAGAAGAAGUAAUGGAUUCUAUUCGACAAAUUUACACUGAAUUUCUGAAUGACUAUGUUUCCUGCAAAAAUAAACGUCUUUGCUCUAAAAAUCCUUUAGAGAAGCGCCAAACUUACAAUUUAGUUGUUGACCGGGUAUUCAGCAAAAAGCUGAGGUACGAACUAAAACAAUUAAUCUACUCAGAAACCUCUAGAAGCGAGCUUAAUUCUGCUCUUUUUGAAGGGGUUCAUCUGUUUAUUGACUCCUUGAAUGACCAAAUCUUCGAGCUCAAAGGGAAAAGCAAAAUGCUGCAGGCCAUUUGCAUUGGUGAAGCUUAUCAUACGUUGCAAAACGCAGCUACACAAAUUGGUAAAAUUGUGAGCUGUAUGUUUGCUGCUCAGAAGACGUCAUUUGAUGCUGUCAAUAAGCUUGUCUUUUAUGAUAAACUUAUAAAAAAUAAUCUUGGCCUGAUCGAAUACGUAAAAACUCAAGACCCUCGACACUAUGCUGUUCAAAUUAUCACGAAGAUGGAAAAAGAGCUGAAAUACGCAUCUGCAGUGAUUACCAACCCUCCAGCACCUUUGACGAAGCCAUUGCCCUUCGACACUAAUUUUCAAAACUCUUCUGAAGAUUCAGCUACUGACUCUGAUGAAGAAAUCAGAGGCGAGCCUCUCCACAACUUAUCUCUUGACGAGCUAGUCUCUUAUAUUGAAGGAAAACCACACACUUCUCCUAAAGCUUCGAAAAAAAAGCAGAAAAGUAAAGCUUCAACAGCUACAACUUCGCCUAUGAGGGAAGAUGAAGUUAAUUCAGACUCUCUUGAUAGAGAAGUUGAAGAAUUCGAAAAAAGACUUGAAUUUAAUGCUGUUCAAGAUAGCCAAAAAAUUAAACCAAAAUUGUCGAAUGAGUUCUUAAAUCGUCUGAAAAUACAGAUUAAAGAGCUAAAAUCGAUUUAA